AUGACCGACCCUCUGGAAACUCAGGCUGCGCCUUGGUAUCCGGUUCCAAAUACGCCUAUUGUUUCUAUCGAGCAUCCUUGCAUUGUGCAAAAUGUCGACCGGGCUGUGCAAAUGCUUGGAGGCCCUGAGGAGGUUGCACAGUGCCUGGCUCCUGGGACUGACAGAACGUUGGGACUCAAAUUCCAGCCAGAUGAUCCCGCAAGCCGAACGGUAGUAUCUUUCAACAAAAGGACAGACAAUCUAUUGCUCAAGUUCACGGUCCCAAAGCGGACAGGAAGGAAAAGAAAGCGUGGCUCUGACGAACCAUUUACAGAGCCCCAUGCCUCUCUUCCUCCCAGGAAGGAUGCUGCUUACCUUAUACGGUCCUUACGAGAUAAUCCUCACAGAAGUCAGUCCGAAGUUGUGGGUAUUGUUGGAUCAACGCACAUAUGGCGGACUAUGCCGGAUUAUGUCUUUUCUGCCUCCGGAUCUGCAUUCCUGACCGAAUUGCAGACCAAAAUUCUCCCUGGGGAAUAUCCACUUCUCAAAGAAUGGUCAUUUCCUCAGACUUACGGUCUCACAAACACUGAAACAUUUCCGCCACCAGUGUGGUCGACACAGAGUCUCCCUCUGAACUACACUUACCGGCAAAACCAAGCUGUAAAGAUGGUAACCGAUCCUGUUACUGGUAAAGCAGUUUUACGCAAUAGCCAGGCACCCAAAAAGUUACUUACAUACCAGUGCCAAUAUGACGACGAGAAGUGGCCGGAUGCACCAGAUCCGGGCUGCGUUCCUCUGUCAGACCUAUCCGAUGCCCAUCAAAGGGUAUACAAACUGCUGAAGGAUCUUUUCGAUGAACGACCGAUUUGGACCCGUCGAGCUCUACUCAACCACUUCCCUGAUGACGCCCCAGUAUUCUUAGUGAAGCACCUUCUGGCGUAUGUUGCAUUCGCGAUACGAUCAGGACCCUGGCGGGACACUGUGUGUAAACUAGGGGUGGACCCAAGAACAAAUCGCGCUUACCGCAAGUACCAGAGUGUUCUUAUACAGCUGUUGCCGCGCAGUAACCGAGAGGCGGCUGAGAACCGAGACAGUCUCGGCCAGGACUGGGUUCGCAGCAAGAACAAGACAUCUCAUAUUUUCACAGGCAAGCACGAUAUCCCUCCGGAUGGUAAGGUGUGGCAACUGUGCGACCUGCAAGACCCUCAACUCAAGGCAUUGGUCGACGUGCCAGAGCUCUACAUUCGACACGAGUGCGAGAGACGAUAUUUCGGCUGGUAUCAGAACGGAACAAUGGCCAAGAUUCGGGUCAUCCUAAAAGCCAAGGUUGACGCCAUUGGUAGUGGUGAAACUUUGGACGAAGGGGCAGUAGAGAGAUUCUCGAAGUUGCCCGAAACCUUCGACGGCGUUGACGCGGGGAAGGGCUACGACCAAUGGGGCGAUCCGGUGGCAGGGUAUCUACCCAAAAAGGCGAGUAAAAAAGAGCUCGAGUGGGCAAGUGCAUAUCGAGCCCUAUGCCGCACGUUGCAGGGUUCUUUGCCGACCGCCAGUGGUGGUGGAAAGGGGAGGCUUAGCAAGAGCAAGCCUUCCGCCAGACCUAGCUUCAUUGAGAGGUCCGAGACUCGCGACACUGGUGACAUUGAUACCGCCGAAGGAUAUGAAGAGCCAGAAGAAGGCGACGAAUACCUGAUCGAACAGGGGCCUGAGCAAGAUGAUAAUGCCACCCCUGAAGGGGCACUUCCUGCGAAGGCCAGUGAGCUAGAUCCAGAGAUACAACAGUGA